GCGCCAGAAUAAACCGGGGGGAAAAAUCCGUUUUUUCAGCUGGGAACAGCUGGGAAAACGGGGGUUUCCUGGGGAAUACGGGAGACUUGGCAGCUGUGAAGGGAGGUGCUUAACCUUUAACCAUGUAUGCUGAUUCCACACACACACACACACACACAUAUAAAUGCCACACACACACCCCUCUCUACCUGUCAAGCAGGAUUUUCCCCAAGGACUUGGAAAGAAAGCAGAUUAAAAAUGUCCUUGGGUAGCUGACACCCCAGAGGAGAUUUGGAGGGCAAGUACCCUCCUGCUCUCUCCUCAUUCUGACGAGCAAGCGGGAGACCCUUAUUUUAUACCUUAUUUUGUACCUUUUACUUCAGUUUUACUAAAAGAAUGACUCCACUGUGUUUACAUUUUCUUCCCUGUUCUCUGCAACGCAACAGCUUUACAUGGUGCCUGUGUGGUGCUGACAAACAUUUCCUGCUUUUUGCCUGAAGGAGCUGGUUGAAGUUUUAUUGUUUUUGUUAUCUCAUCAAAACUAGAUUCCUACACAUACUUGAAGUCCUGUUAAGAUCGGUGCCAAAUUCUUCUUGGUUAGGGUUGGGUUGUGUGUUUCUGCUUCAGUUCACUUCUUCCAUUUUGGCACUUACAUUUUAUAUCCGCAUAGCUUGGGGAAGGUCGUAAGAAACCCGGAGGAAACACUGUGACUUUGCACGCUGUCUCUCUUUGGUUCCUUUCCUGAGCAGGCAAGCUGCAUAAGGGUCUUUACACAAUUUUAGAAUCAUUUUACCAUUUUAAACAGCACUUGAUUGAAAUAAAGGGUUGACCAAGGACUGAAGAACCAGAAGACAACAUUGUCUGCGCUGGAUAGCUUUGUCUAUGGAAGGCAUGUCAGAAAUCGAUUUUGAAAAGUUAGCUGAAAUAGAAUUAAGGAAAGAUGAGGCAGAAAAUGCAGAUCUUGAAGGGAGCCAGGUAUCAUUUGCAGCUGUGUCAAAUGGUGAUGCUGAAAUAAGCCCAACACACCCAUAUUAUGAUGUGGCCAGACACAAUAUACUUCACCUUGUAGGUGAUGAUAAUUUGGGGAGAAAAGUGAUUGCUUUCAGUUGCUGCCGUUUGCCUCCUUCCUAUCAACUUAAUCACAGACGGUUAUUAGAAUACUUAAAGUAUGCACUGGACCAGUAUGUGGAAAAUGAUUACACAGUGGUCUACUUUCACUAUGGACUGAACAGUAAGAAUAAACCCUCCCUGAGUUGGUUACAAAGCGCCUACAAAGAAUUUGACAGGAAGUAUAAGAAAAAUCUGAAAGCGCUCUACAUUGUACAUCCAACCAAUUUCAUAAAAAUAAUUUGGAACAUUUUUAAACCUCUAAUCAGUCACAAGUUUGGAAAAAAGGUAAUCUACCUGAAUUACCUGAGUGACCUGAGAGACCAUCUUAAAUACGACCAACUUAAGAUCCCUCAAGAAGUUAUUCGACAUGAUGAAAAUCUUCACACUAAACAAAAGAAAAAACCACUUACUGCAGUGAAGAUCCCUCCACCAAGACCCCCUCUUCCAACCCAGCAGUUUGGUGUCAGCCUCCAAUAUCUCAAAGCUAAAAACAAAGGUGAAUUAAUCCCACCAGUAAUGAAGCACACAGUGUCUUAUCUAAAAAGGAAAGGACUCAAAGCAGAAGGACUGUUUAGACGGUCAGCCAGCAUACAAAGUAUUAAGGAGAUUCAGAAACUUUAUAAUCAGGGAAAGUCUGUUAAUUUUGAUGAUUAUGGAGAUAUCCAUAUUCCUGCUGUCAUCCUUAAGACUUUACUCAGGGAACUCCCGGAGCCUUUACUAACCUUUGAACCCUAUGAUCAAAUCAUUGGAAUUACCAGUGUAGAAAGUAGCUUACGGGUGAUGAACUGCAGAGAAAUUGUACACGGGCUUCCUGAGCAAAAUUAUGCUGUUCUGAAGUUUCUGAUAUGCUUUCUCCAUAUGGUGUCACAGGAAAGCAUUUUCAACAAAAUGACGGGUUCCAACCUGGCUUGUGUCUUCGGCCUGAAUUUAAUCUGGUCACCCAAAGGCACUCCUUCUUUCAGUACUCUGGUACCGAUAAAUAUUUUCAUUGGGUUACUGAUAGAUUUCUACCCCACAAUAUUCAGUUCUCGAAGUGUGCCUGGUGAGCAGUUACCUUGAAAACGCAUUCUGGGAUGCACCCCUAGGAAGGACACACAUUAUUCUGUGCUAGGCUCCAUUCAAUCAAUUUUCAGCGCAUACAGAAAUGAAUUGCUUCACAUGAAGAAGCCUUGUACAAAAUAGGCUUAUUCCUACUGGCAACUCCAGGUGCCAGGUGUGUGUUUGUGUGUGUGUGUGUGUGUGUGUGUGUGUGUGUGUGUGUCUUCCAAAUCUGCUACCUCUGUUCCCUUGGUCAAUGCAAGAGAUUGGAUCUGGGACCACUAACAUACAAGGCAGGGCACUUUUCCACUGAGCUGUGCUCCCAAUCAAAUUUCUCUUAAAUUUUUCAAAGCACAUGACUGUGUAACAUCUACAAAGCUAUCAGUACAAAAAAAUCUUAGAAAGUAAUUUUGAGGAAGCAAGGCGUAACAGUUGAUUUAGAUUUCAUUCCUUUAGUAAUAUCUGCCUUUUAAAGCAUUUAAGUUGCAAACAGUCUUAAAUUACGUAUACUGUAGCCCACCUGUGAUCUUUGGAUGAAGGACAUUAUAUAAAUUUAAUAAGUAAUAUGUCUGCUAUGUUUCCUCAGGAACACUUUAUACAUAUAUGAAUGCAAUUCUGUGUAAACUGUGUGUAUGUGGAUUUUUGUAUAGUAUUUAUUGUAUGUGAAAUCCCCCCUCCAAGGGUUGAUAGAGGGGAGUCAAAUGAGUCCUCCUCUAGAAUGAUGGAUUUGGCCUAAAUCUAAAUUCAGUUGAUCUCUCAUCACGUGGCUCAGAAACUGAUGGCUGACAGCCUACUGACUGGCGCCUAGCAACAAGUACAUACUGCUAUUUUAGCUGCCACUAGAUAAUUAUAAAUGUAUCCUGGCACCCUCAUUGUUUCACAUAUUUAUAAAUGACCUAGAGGAUGUCCUAGAGGAGCCACUUGGCCACCUGCCCAAACUUGGGGUCAGGAGGGCUCCAUUAUUAUUGUAUGCUGAUGAUGCAGCCAUUCUCUCAUGUUCCAGACCAGGUCUAAAUUAUCAACUAAAGAGGUUCAUGUCUUAUUGUGUACAGAAUGACCUAAAAAUUACCUUUGGGAAAUCUAAAAUUUUGGUUUUUGAGAAGAAUCUUUCCCAAUGCAAAUGGUCACUAGGUGAGCACGCCCUCAAUCAGAUUAGAAACUUCCAAUACCUGGGGCUGGCUUCCAUCACAUAACGACAUGGAUCACCCAUAGAUCUGCGGCCCUCCAGAAAGCACAAGGGGGCCAAUAUAUUCCACCUGCCAUCAAAGACGGCUGCCAAAUUACUAUAUGCUUCUAAUAUCUGGAGUGGAGGAUUAACAUCUGAGUUGGAUGAACUCCGGGCUAAAUUCUUGAGGGCUCUCCUCCAGAUCCCCAGAUGUGCCUAUUUCAGUCAUUUUCUUGGAAACUUAGGAAUGCCCUGGUAGGCAGCCUUCAGAUACUGGCUUAAAGUCAGUGUUUUCGGAUUGGGGACAGGACUACUCAACAUAUAGAUUGAGUAUGUUAGUUUCUGGAAUCUGGUCCAAGCGCAACGCCCAAAAAGCUGUCCCCAUCUCUUCUUGAACACUUGGGCUUCAACAUAGCCUUCAAAUCACUAAAACAAAGACUAUGGUGAUCUGCAGACCUGUUCAUACUCAUCCUGCUCACCAAGAACUGUGAGUUUACAGUAUGUCGGGACAUUUCACAUAGCUAAAGAACUAAGAAUCUAAAGAACUUGACAGUGGUCAACUACCGCAGACUUUUUACCAAGGCCAGACUGAAUGCUCUAAGGCAGAUUUUCAAAACAAAGCUUUUGGCAAAGAUGUAUGAUUUGUUGUUGGAGUGGUAUACAAAAGAUGAGUUGACAAAAGAAGUGAUGAUUAAAUGGGCAAAAGAUUUGGGGCAUAAUAUUGAAUAUGAUGCGUGGUUGAAAUUAUGGAAUCAAACUUUAAGAUUUACAGCAUGUACUGCCUUGAAAGAAAAUGUAUAUAAGAUGAUGUACAGAUGGUAUUUAACUCCAGUUAAAUUAGCUAAAAUGUAUAGAAUGAGUGAUAAAAGUUGCUGGAAAUGUAAAGAGAAAGAUGGUGAAUUUUAUCAUAUGUGGUGGACAUGCGAAAAAGUUAAAAGAUUUUGGGAAAGUUUAUAUAACGAAUUGAAAAAGAUGUUUAGAUAUACCUUUCCAAAAAAACCAGAAGCAUUUUUGUUAGGAAUAAUAGGAGGAGAGAUUAGAAAAGAAGAUCAAACACUGUUUAUGUAUGCAACAACCGCGGCUAGGACUUUGUUAGCCCAAAAAUGGAAAUUACAGGAAUUACCUACAAUUGUGGAGUGGCAGAUAAAAAUGAUGGACUAUGCUGAACUUGCUAGAUUGACAUGCAAGAUUCGUGACCAGGGGGAGACAAGGUUUCAAAAGGACUGGAGUAAAUAUGUGGACUAUAUGGAGAAAAACUGUAGAUCAUUAAAAACUCUCGCAGGAUUAAAAUAAACCUUACGAAUUGACCAAUAUGUUAAAAAAGGAACUGCAAAAAAGGGAAUUAACAAGAAACCCGCAUGAAGGGAGGGGGGGAAGUCAUAGCUCGGCGGAGCAAGGUAAAAGAUGUGAAUAUAAGAUUUUGUAUAAAAGAUUGGUUUUGUUAAUUUGUUGAAUUUGGAAAAUUGGAAUAAAACGUAUUUAAAAAA